AUGCUUCGACGCUCCUCUACGAGGAAACUCUUCUUUCGGCGCUUGGCCUCUUUGCAUCACGCGCAGACGACUCCCACCACCGCGUGUUCUUCUUCUUCGUGUUUUUCAAGCUCGCUAGAGCAGCAUGAGCAGCAGAGAAGUGUCGGGGGAAAAAACAUCGUCAGACGUCACUGGAAGACCCCCAAAGACGAUGAUGACGAUGUUUUCUUUACCUUUCCGCCUACAAAAGGGAGGAGGUUUUUGAGCAACAACGCGUUCGAGGACGAUGCGCUGGAAAAGAGAGGAAGUUUUUUUACGAGAGACGACGCGGACCCUCACGUGCAGAGACGAUGGAAAUCCACGAAAGCGUCGUCGUCGUCGUCUUCGUCUGCAAAGGAAGGGAAAUCGAAUUCGAAGCGUUUUUAUACCUCUUCGAGCAAAAGUCAAAAUCAAAACCAACACUCUUCUCGGUUCACGUCGAAACCGAAAUCGUUAGCGAUACCGUUCGAGUCUACCUCGGAGGUGUUUGAGGUGCCGGAGAAGCGGUCCACGAGUCUUCCGUGGUACACGCGCAUCAUGUUGAAAGUAGGCGGGUACGAUAGUUCGGAAAGCGUGCAGAAUCGAGCGUCGCAGCGGUUGUUUAAAGCGGUGGUAGAGAGAUGCGACGAGGCGAAAUUUUACGAGAUAUUGGGAUUAGAGCACUCGUUUCGAACGGAGCACGCGAUGUUUGUGUUGCACGUGUGGUUAGUUUUAGCUCGAUUACGACGCGAAGGGGAUUCCGGGAAGGCGAUUUCGCAAAUGUUUUACGACACGUUUCAAGAGGAGGUGGAGAAAAGAGUCCAUCGCGAAGGCGUAAAAGUGAGAGUUCGUUCGACUUUGAAAGAGUUGGAGCAGUCUUUUUACGGGUCCGCGUUGGCGUAUGAUAAGGCGUUGAGCAGCGGGAACGACGAUUUUAUGAAAUCGUUGAGGAGGAACGUUUUUAUGAACGAAGGGGACGAGAAGAACGCGAAGGCUUUGGAGAGGUAUUGCAGAAGGGAAAUGGCUUGUUUGCAUAUUACCGAGACGGAAGCGGUGGUAAGUGGGAGAGUGCGAUUUUCAAGCAUCGAUUGA